AUGAUAAAAUAUUUAACACAAUUUUAUCAAAGAGAAUUGAAAAUAAAAAAAGUCUCUUUUGCAGACAGCGAUGAUAGCGAUGCAGAAGGAGGACUUGGAAAUGUCAGCCGACUGAUUAUACGUCCGCCAGGACACAGCGGCAAAGCAAAAAAAGGUCAUUUGUGCUUUGACGCAGCCUUUGAAACCGGAAACCUAGGACGGGUGGACCUAGUUUCAGAGUACGAGUAUGACCUCUUCAUCAGGCCGGAUACAUGCAGUCCGCGUCUGCGUCUGUGGUUUAAUUUCACAGUGGACAACGUUCGCCUGGACCAGCGCGUCAUAUUUAACAUCGUUAACAUAUCAAAAACCCGGAAUUUAUUCCGUGAAGGUAUGACCCCGCUGGUGAAGAGCACCAGCAAGCCAAGGUGGCAAAGGAUCCCUCGUCGGCAAGUUUAUUACUACAAAUCACCCCAGCACCAGAAUCAUCACGUGCUAACUUUCGCCUUCAACUUUGAUCGCGAGGACGACGUUUAUCAGUUUUCCCUCUCGUAUCCCUAUUCUUACUCCAGGUAUCUCGGCCAUCUUGACAAUCUCUGCACCAAGUGCUCCUCGGUGAAGCGCGAGACCUUGGCUUCCUCCAUCCAGAAGCGCAAAGUUGAGUUGGUCACCAUUGGAUCCAAUGCUGAGGAAAAACAGAGGAGAGUUGUUGCUGUUUUGAGCAGGGUGCAUCCCGGAGAGUCACCUUCUUCCUUUGUCUGCCAGGGGUUGAUGGAUUUUUUGGUCAGUGCGCAUCCUAUUGCUCAAGUUCUGCGCGAUUAUGUUGUCUUUAAAAUUGUUCCGAUGCUCAAUCCUGACGGAGUCUUUUUAGGAAAUUACAGAUCAACGCUGAUGGGUGUAGAUCUGAAUCGGGCUUGGAAUAGAAUUUCGGAAUGGAUUCACCCAACUUUGUUUGCGACACGAACACUCUUAGAGGGUUUGGAUAAGAAUGCAAAUGCGCCUCUCGAUUGUGUUAUUGAUUUACACGCUCAUACUAAUGCCAAUGGGUUAUUUGUUUAUGGAAAUACUUACGAUGACGUAUAUAGGUACGAAAGACACAUUGUUCUCCCAAAGCUCUUGGCUCAGCACACAGAAGACUACAAUCCAGACAAUACAAUGUACAACCAGGAUCCCCAUAAAGCUGGAACAGCACGUCGUUUUUUGUGCUCUAUUCUCAGUGAGCACGUCAAUUGCUACACGAUUCAAGUCUCCAUGUAUGGCUAUUACCGUAAAGGAUCUCCUGAGCUUCUUCCUUAUACUGAGGAAAGCUAUUACAGAGUAGGACGAAACCUAGCCCGAGUCCUGAUGGAGUAUUACAAGCUGACAGGAUUGAUACCCUCGGGACUACCCGACCAGCCGUCGAACAAACGGGGCCGUCAAUCCAGACAGAGGUAUCGGCAACCCCGGGAUCCACGACCCCGGACAGCCAGAACGCCUGCGCCCUUACAUCUCGCAAGCAUUCACGAGUACUUCAAGGAAGACAUGCCAGAAUUACCCACGGGAUCUCGGUACCGAUCAAUGAGCGGGACCAGAAUGAACCUGGGGGCGGGUACUGCCAGUGCGAUCGGCACGACCAGUGUCAAAAACCCGAGCUACAGGUAUCGGAGCCCGGGGGCAGGUCCGCUGGACGCCGGCAAGUCUAACGGGCUCUUGAUGAUGCAAGGACAUGCUGAGCCAAGACUGGCUAUCAUUGACUUCAACCAGCUGACCAGAGGUGGUCUGGACCGCGCAACUGGAAAAAAUCGCGCUAAAAUUCCAAGAAAGUCGCCCGAUCGCUUCUCCAAAUUUAGAAGAUAA